AUGCCUCCAUGUCGGAAGAGCAGCACGCCUGUGGCGAAGCGGUGCGGCACGAGCGGGAAGCAGCGGGCGGCGGUCCCGGGCACGCGCCCUGCCGGGGUCCCGGCGUGCUUUGCAGGCACGCGUGCUGCGCGCUGCGUGCGUGGCGGGCGGGCGAGCACGCUGCCGGCGGCUCCCGGGCCCGGCGCCGCGGCGCCCGCCGCUCGAUACAGCCCCUCGCCUCGCCCCGCCAAGCUGCCGCAGGGGGCGCUGACCGCCGCGCGCGCCACGCCGCCCAUCUGCCUGCCGGCUCACCCCCUGCCUUUCUUCUUCCGCAAGGUCGCGGCCUGCCCCCGCGCCGUGGCGCCGCCGCCGGGCCCACAACCACCUCGCGCUCCGUCACUACCUGCAGAGGAGAACCGCUAA